AUGAUAAAGGCGGUCCUCGUGGUGAAUACUCAAGGCCGACCCCGUAUCGUCCGAUUCUAUGACGGCACGCCUCAGGAGAAGCAGCAGCAUGUGCUGCGGCGGCUUUUUGCUGCUGUCAGUCGCCGUCCCGAGGACUCUAGCUGCUUCUUCACUGAAGACAAGGAGCUCUUUGGUCCAAACCACCGCAUCGUGUAUAGACACUUUGCAACACUCUUCUUCAUCUUUGUGACUGAUGAGCUGGAAAGUGAUCUAGCCAUACUGGAUCUAAUUCAAGUAUUCGUCCAGGUUCUCGAUGCUUGCUUUGAGAAUGUUUGCGAGCUGGACCUAGUCUUCCACCACGAAAAGAUAAAUUACAUUCUCGACGAGAUCAUUGUUGGUGGUUUUGUGAUGGACACGGCAGUUGACGGCAUCCUCCAGUCGGUCAGCGGAGUAAAGAAGCUCGUGGAUGCCGAGACCUCAUUCUUCGCAUGA